GAAAGGAACUCUUCCCGUGAACCCGAGAGAGAGAGAGAGAGAGAGAGAGAGCGAUGGCGGAGGAGAGCUCGGAUUCGUCGCAAGGGGGGUUUCUGGGGAAGCACUACGAGGAGGUGAAGGGGCACUGGAGGAGGAACCUCGCCUUCUUGGACUACUACAAGAAGACGCUGGGCCGCGCGGAGCCCCUACCUAAGUGGACCGACGCCGACGUCGAGGAGUUCAUCGCCUCCGAUCUCGUCUACGGCCCCCAGGUUCCUUAUGGUGUUCUGGAAUGGACCUCUUUUCCUUUUCAGUUGAAAGCUUUAAGGGAAUCAAGGAAGUACGCAAUUGUUGGGGCGCUCCUUGGUGCAGCACAUUUAGGAGGAGUUUCCUGGAAAUAUUCAAAGAGCCCACAUGGUUUUGUUUUGGCUACCGGAUUCGGAGCCCUCUGUGGUGGUGUCCUUGGAUCUGAAGUUGCAGAACACUGGAAGCAGCUCUACAAGAUUGAUAAGCAGGGUGCGAAUCUUAGGUUUCUCUACUGGUGGGAGGACAAAACAGUAGGGAACCGGAGAAAUUGAUACUUGCCUUCGGUGCUUGGUUCGUGCUUUCGGAUCCGACGACCAAAGUGAAGCGUUGAUUGCACUUGUAAUGAAAUAAAAAAAAAAGAAAACCCUGCUUUUUUCUUUAGUCGCCCGAAUAAAAUAGCAUGCUGUGAUGAUGACAAAAUCCUAAGAAACCAUAUAUUUUUGACGCCUUGAAGUUUUAUUCUUCAU